AGCAUCAUCAACGCUCCUAUAUAAAGCGCAGCAUCCCGUUCACGCGCUGCCACUUGAUCAUCAUCCUCAUCAUCUUCGUCAUCCUCAUUAUCCGCAGGAUCUGAAACAUUCAAAUGCAGAGGGGCAUGAAGCAACCAUAACGGGACACUGAACACAACACGACACACAGGAUCAUGACGAAAUCUUGCACUGAAGAACCCUCAAUGAUCGAGUCUCCGGCCGGCAGCGCCAACUGGACUGACAAGAAGCAGAAGCCCGGGCACGAGGCCAUGCGCCAAGACCUGGAGAACGACGAAGAGGAAGCUGUGCACAUGCUCGAGGACGCGCACGAGCUGGAGGAUGAAGAAGAGGAGGAAGAGGAAGAUGAGGAGGAAGAGGAAGAGGGCGACGACGCGAGCAAGCCCAAACGGCGUGGCCCGAAAAAGAAGAAGAUGACGAAGGCGCGUAUGCAGAGGUUCAAGAUGAGGCGCAUGAAAGCGAAUGCGCGCGAGCGCAACCGCAUGCAUGGCCUGAACGACGCGCUGGAGAGUCUGCGCAAAGUGGUGCCGUGCUACUCCAAAACGCAGAAGCUGUCCAAGAUCGAGACGCUUCGUCUGGCCAAGAAUUAUAUCUGGGCGCUGUCUGAGAUCUUGCGAUCGGGUGAGAGUCCGGACCUGGUGUCGUUCGUGCAGGCUUUGUGCAAAGGUCUUUCGCAGCCCACGACUAAUCUAGUGGCAGGAUGCUUGCAGCUCAAUCCACGGACUUUCUUGCCCGAGCAGCAGACUCACGGGCACGGAGCGAGCGUCGCAUCAUACGCCAGCAUGCACCCGUACUGCUAUCAGAGCCCCGGUCUACCGAGCCCCCCAUACGGCGCAGCGGACGGCGCGCCGCACCACGGGUUUCACGCCAAGUCAGCGGCGCACGCGUACGGGAGCACGUUGCUCUUACCGCCACCACCGCCUCCGCCGCCACAACCCCCAAGCACGUUGCAGGCAGAACCAUUUUACGACUCCGCGCUGGCGGACUGCGCGCACAGCCCCGCCGCGUCCUUCGACGGGCCGCUCAGCCCGCCGCUGAGCGUCAACGGAAACUUUUCCUUCAAGCACGAGCCGCCGACGGAGUUCGAAAAGAACUAUCACGCAUUCGGUGGCGGCGUGCAGCCGUACCAUCACCACGCGCCGCCGCCGGGACACCACCAUCACCAUCACCCACAUCAUCAUCACCACGCCGCUCUUUACGAUUUACCACCCAUGGAGAACGUCGUGCCCUACGAGGGCCACUCUCAUCACGAACGAGUCGUGCACAUGAACGCGCAACUCAACGCCAUAUUUCACGACUCGUGAGCUCGAGAGGACUUUUUUCCAGAGACUGUUCGAUUCAUAUAGUUAUCAUGGUUAUCAUGAGUCAUAUAGUAUCAUCAUGGUUACCUGUCUAUGGCUUGUUGCAAAAAAAACAAAAAAAGAGGGAGAGCAGCAGAAAAAACGCCCCACAUUUGAAUUAACACACUUUUUUUUAUUCAAAAGAACAAAAUUUUUUUGCAAUGACACGGGGUUCGUGGGACCGCGCUAUGAUCUGUGUGGGAAAUGUUACUGCGCGAGCGAGGAGUAGUCUGUCUAUUGCUCAAUAAGUUAUGGUUCCUUCACGUGCUGGACUUAAAGACGGUGUUGAAAGGUUACCUCAAGUCGGGCAGGUGAACGAACCAGAGACUUGACAAAAUGCACACACACACACACACACACACACACACACACACACACACACACACACACACACACACACACACACACACACACACACACACCCACCUUAUUCAGAGAAACACAUCUGUGUUGGUCCAUUGAGCUUCCACAGGCUUUAGUUAGCCUACAUUAUUGUGAUGUUUAAAAAAAAAAAACAUCACUGCUUAUAAAGGGUAUAGUAGUAUAUGUAUAAAAAGAAAGUAAAUUCUUCAAAUGUGGUCUGAAUGAUCGCAUGCUAAUUGGUUAAUAGCCCUCACUAACUAGUCUUCUCUGUGUGUAGACUUUACCCAAAAAGUCACAAAAAAAUCUAAGCAGUAUGUUUGAAAUAAAUUUUUUCCCCUGUUUUUGAAAACACAUCAGUUUUACACCUGUAUUAGAUAGCUGAUGGCCAACAUGGUGAUGACAAAGUCCACACGCAUCGUGUUGUGUUGCAUUUGUAAAAUAUGUUAAUUAUUAUAUAUUUUUAACUGUUACACACAUGAAAACUUGGUGCUGGUUAAUACACCAAUAGUGUUCUAGAAUGUAACAGCUAGUAAAUCAGGGCACAAAACAAAAUUUCUAUAUAGACGUAUAAAUGCUAUAUCAUUUGAAAUUGUAGACUUGCUAGUAUUAGAUGUAAGAAGAGCAAGAAAAAUAAUGAAUCGAGUUGGUUCAGGUUUAGGUAGGCUUUGUUUUUAGCUUAAUAGAACAGUUAGCUAUACACUUUCAACAUGAUGUAGAUUAUUUGGUCAAACAAACAAUAUCAUUCCAGACAGUAUGUAAAAAAACAACAAUGUGUUUAUUGCUCAAAGAUACUCCGAUACCAUUGAAUAUGCUAGCUAGCAUGAUGAUAGAAACAGUAAUGAAGGCUUCCAGGCCUUCUGGCCCGGCUAUUUCAGUGUUUUAUUUGUUUUUACACUCGUUUAAUCACUGUGUAUGUUAAUUCAAUAUUGCAGGGCUUUUUUUCUGCUGUUCACACACACACACACACACACACACACACACACACACACACACACACACACACACACACACACACACACACACACACACACACACACACACACACACA